CAGCAGUAUGCCCGACAUUCAAACGGAAGCAGGCGCUACCAUUUUGAAACACAGCACCGCCUAGCGCCAUGGACAAGAGCAACACAGUGAAGCUCUUCGUGGGCAACCUGGCGUUGGACACCACCCAGGAGGAGCUGUCAGCCAUCUUCGAACCCUACGGCCAGGUGGUCAGCUGCAGCGUGCUGCGGCAGUUUGCCUUCGUCCACUUGCAGGGCGAGGGCGCCGCCGAGCGUGCCAUCCGGGAGCUCAAUGGACGGGAGUUUCGCGGGAGGAAUUUGGUGGUGGAGGAGUCGAGGGGGAGGCCGUUGCACUCCACCAAGGUGUUUGUGGGGAAUCUGAGUGGAAUGUGCACCACCGAAGAUCUCCAGCAGCUCUUCCAGACGUUUGGGAAAGUUCUCGAGUGUGACAAAGUCAAAGCCAGGCAUUCCUCUUCUGCAGGCUACGCCUUUGUCCACAUGGAAAACAAGGAAGAUGCACUCCAAGCUAUCGAGGCCCUGCAUGGCACCUCAUUUAAGGGUCGCCCCCUAUCCGUGGAGCUUUCCAAGGUCCAACCCAGCAAACAGGCACCUACAGGGAAAAUCCCCUGUGUUAACUGUGGAAAGCAGGGCCACUAUGCUGGAGAAUGCCCUGUGGGGAAGCCGUCUCUGGAGCAGUACCAGAGUCAGGCAGCGGUCUUGGCCGCCGCCGCCGCUGCAGCCGCCGGCCUUCCAUUACAGGUCCAACAAAGCGUUCACAAUUCAGUCUACAACACCUCCACGUUUGAUCCCACAUACGCAGCUCUCACUGGGAUCACCACAGGCACACGCACUGAUGGAAACCCAGUGAAUCCAGCUGUUUAUGGUGCCCUUGCCAGCCAGGUGUACGGUGCCAAUGUUGCCAGUCAGCUUUAUGGAACGGUAGCCAAUCAGGCAGCUCUUACAUCAGGCGCUACACAAGUAUACAGCUCGAUGACACCUAACAUCUACGGCCAGGUGGCUGCGAGUCCGGCGGCGGCUGCUGCGGCGGCUGCGGCGGCUGCCUACUCAACUCCAGUUUACACUCCAGCUAUGGCCAACCAACAUGUCUAUCUGACUGCUCAUGGAAUUGAAAUGCCAACAGCAGCGGCUGCAGUCAACCCCGCCUACACUGUAGCUCCAGCAAUUUAUGGUGCUGCCACGCCACACUACGCUCAUAUAAGCCACAUGGGAGCAGCGGACCCUACCACAGCCCUCUUUGAGGCAGCCAGGCAGGCACAUUAUUUUGCUCAAGGCCAGCAUGUAGUGGCUGAGCAGCAGGCAGCAGCGGCAGCAGCUGCGGCAAAGUCUGGGGAAAGGGACCGCAGUCCCCUACGGAGGUCGGCACCCCUUUUACCAGACCCUGUGAUGAAGCCUUUCAUUUACCAGAGAGCCAAGCCACGCCGACCCCUGCUCCCCACACCAGCGGGUCGAGCAGCGGAAGAAGCAGCGGAGGCUGCAGAGGACCCCAUGGCAAGGUACUAUGCCGAGUACUACCAGCAGCUGCAGCAGUACCCCCAGUUCCAGUAUGCCUACCCGCCCCCGAGCACAAUGGCAGCCCUCACUGGAAUGCCGGGAGUGUCUGCUGUGCAAGCAGUCCCUACUGUCUCCGCGAUGACUGGCCAGCAGGUCGCCGCGCUGGACGCCCUCAGGCCAGUGGUCCCCACCGCUGCGGCAGUAGCAGCCGCCAUGGCUGCGCCCAGGGUGUAUGAGCCGCCGUUGCCGCCGCCCACGCGCAAGGAGGCCAUCCUCCGCCGCCCCGAACUCUCCCUUCACACGCCUGAGCCCCCCUUCCGAUAGUCGCACACAACUCUAUGCCCCCCCCACCCCUCCUCCUUCUUUGCCCUAAACCUCACCCCUGACCCACCUCCUAUUCCACCCCAAACUUGACCACCUUACAGCAGCUGUAUGUGUGUGUACGUGAUUGAGUGUUUGCGUCUGGGGGCUCCACAGUAAGGGUGCGAGGUGGGGUUUGAAACCGGGGGGCUUGGUUUAUUAACCUGCUUUACGAGGGACUUGAUCAGCUAACCUUGGUCCUGUUUGCAUACACACAAUGCAGCCAUGAAAGGGAGGCUCUCAUCUGUUGUACGGGCAUUCUUUGCGCUUCUCGGUUUUACUUUUUUAUCGUGCCAGUCUCACACUUGUGCCAGUAUUGGACUGAUCCACUCAGUCAUUUCAUAUGCCUUUAUUUCCGCAACCCAGUUAUGAUUUUCUAAGGCCAAAUCUACCAUAAAAGACAAUGGUUUAUUUAAACUAUUAGCCAUCCUCCUUAGGCCUAGAUGAUCAUUUAGGGCAGCUAAUUUGAAACCUUUUUUGCCUUAUGUUGAAGAGUUUGUAAUGUUAUCAGAUGGGAGUCAGAUAAACACAUAUUGUGUACUGGUUGUAUUGCAUGUGUCCAACAGAACCAAGGUUGAUGUGUUUUGUGGGGGUGGGACGGGAGGGGAUGGGCAGCCGGUUGUCUUGAAUGCGAUAUGGAUGUAUGUGUGAACGAGUGAAAGACAGAGAUACUGUAUGUGCGGGCUCCUGACCUUGCAGCGCACAAACGCAGCAGCUAUGACUGCACCUUGCAGAAAAAAAACAAACGUUAAGCACACAUAAUACGUACUGUAAUGUAUGUUUGGAUUUCUCCUUGAUCCUUUUUUGUCCCCCCAAAUCCCUCCCCAUACCUGUGCUCUAACUACAAAGCUGCAAGACACUGCUUCACCUCUCUUUCUCUUUCUACAGCUGCCUACCUCUGACAGUAAAUUUCAGUGUAGAUUCUAUUGUAUUCCACUCUUUCACUCAGUCAGCAGUUUAUUUCCUGCUCCUCGUAAAAAAGGUACAGGGUCGGCAGUUUAGUAAAAGGGGGGUGGGGGGGAGGGUGUCGUUGACAAUGACUUUUGUAGAUAUUCUGUAUCUAGUCCUCCUACAUGUUCAGAGGCCUUUUUUAAAAAGAUAUAGUGUACGUGUUUCGUUUGUUUAAGUGUAGUUUACAUGUAAUACAAGUCAACCUGGGGUGUAAUGAAUUAUACAUGGAAAAAAUAACCCAUGUUUGACUACUGAAUGAGCUGUUUACAAAGGAUAUUUACAAUGCAUCCUACUUAGAAUCAUGAUUAUAUGUGACAAGCUCAAUUAUGUGCCUAUAAGCUUUGAGUGAAGUGCAUUACGUGGAGGGAUCUCCCAUUUUAAGUGCUUUUUAACAUUACUUUUUAAUCAUUUCGGGGGCUAAUAAAGCCCUCCAGAGCUUAGUAUCCAGAAGACUACGAGCAGCGGCGCUUCCUCGUAGACUCCUGUAUUUUGAUCCUCAUAUUUUUCAUAUCAUAGGGUUUUUAAAAAGCCACAAACUGAGCCUCACAGGUUCAUACUUAGUCGCUGGUUUUAAGCAGAAACGACAGUGAUAGCACCAAUGAAGUGAGAGAUGGGGCAGUAUCUUCCAGUAGCCCCAACUAUCAUCCUUUUUAUUUCCAAAUACCAGACCUGCUUUAGAUCGUAAUUGCAAAACCUUUCAAGUGUCUGUUUUAAUGCGGUUGUUGGAUCUGAUAGGUGGGGAUUUUCCUGCAUCAGGACAACAAAAGCUUGACUUUCAAGUAAGGUACUUUUUUUUUUUUUUUUGAUAUUCACAUCCUGUGUGGGAAAAUCCCCCCCAUCUGGCUCUAUGACAAGGCUUUAGAACAAUCACUGAAGUAGUUCUUUGCAAAUACAGUUUGACAGCGGUCUGAUGCACACACAGACAUACCCUCUGAAAUCACCUUACUGCCUCGCUGUUUCCCCCCUCUCUCCCCUUCUCCCCUUGUGGUUUUUAGUGGUAAAGUGACUUUUGCAUCUCACAGUGUAAUCUUUCUGUGUCGUGUAUAUAAACACAUACCAGUUGCAUCCUUUGUAGAGUUAUGUGGUUUGCGAAAUGUCUUGUUUGCCAUGUUUGAGACCGUAUUUUCUAGAGGAGUAUUUUAAUUUUUGCCUUUUUUUGUUUUGUUUUUUAGGAAAAGACAAAAGAAAAGUUAAAAAAAAAAAAAAUCGGCAUGCUUUUUAUUGAGAAUAUGUAUACUAUAAGCAUUAUUAUAAUAAAGAAUGUUUGACUGACUACUAUGGUAAAAGAAAGCAAAGGGUUUGGACAUUUCCCUCUUCUUCUUGUUUAUGUUGUCCUUCUCUACUAUCUGUUUCUCUUGUGAAAAAAUGGCCACCAGACCCAUUUGACUGGGGACCCAGGGGGAGACAGGUGUAGAUGCUGCCCCAGCUUUGCUCUCUUUGGUCGGGGUAAGUGCGGGUUGGUGCUCCUUUCUCUCUCCAGCUUCUCAAACUGUGUGCAAACUUCUGCUGCAAGGCCACACUGCAAAACCUCUAACAAGGUGUUUGUAUCACGCAAAAAAUGCAUUUCAGUGUUUCAUUCUGGCAAGAAAGGCUUUGUAGGGUCCUUUUUUUUUCUUUUUCUUUUUUUUAAUUAAUUGAUUUUCAUGCAGGAAAGUACAUUAUACACACUGUGAUGUUACAUUGAGAGCUGGGGAGAGGCACACAGAUAGAAUGGCCUGGGUGCAUUUUGAUCUGUGGAGCCGUCCUGUUCCUGGGGUUCAUGGGUGUGCGUCUGGUCUGGUCUCUCCCUGCUGCACCAAAUUCUCCCCCCUCCGUGUGUCUCUUGUGUCCACUCUACUCUCAGAUCUGCAUGUGUGAUAAUCUGUGAAACUCUCUUGACGCAAAAAAAAGCCCGCGACAGUCCAGCUCUGAACUAACUAUCUCAACUGAAUUAGGUCACCGUGCCACCUGGAACGGCCAGCACGCAGUCGUGCGUGAGCGUGGCGGCGUGAGCCAUGGGGAUGACUUUUAGCGCGACGCCACCGCAGUGGGAACUUGUUCUCUCUCUCUUCACCACCAAGGUAAAUGAAAAGCAAAACAAACAAAAAAAAAACAACAAAAACAAAAGCACUGACCUCUCCUCUCCCCACCUGCCGCCCCUCCUUUUGACUGUGCCUUGACCAAACACUCCUCCCCCCCUCCCCCCUUCCCCGUCCUCUCCUCUGCCAUCACCACCUCACACCCCCCUCCUCCCCACUCCGUAACUCCUCCUUUU